AUGAGUUCCAAUAAUUCAAACAGUUAUGAGUAUCAAUAUCAACAGCAUCCACUCCCUUCAAUCUUUGUAUCACAACAACAACCACAACCGGAUUUUUAUUCUAGUCAAUUCAUACAAUAUGCUCCUGGUAAUAAUCUUUUAGACUAUAAUUAUCAACAAACAUCACUACCUCAACAACAAAGAGUUUAUUCAACAUUACCCAUUCCAAAUUAUCAUUAUAAUAAUCAAACAACUUCUCCUCAAAAAUAUCCAAUAAGUCCCAUUUCAAUAUCUGAUAGAGAACAUAAUGGUUCUGUAUCUUACCAAACCCAAUAUAAUUUCUCUCCACCAUCAACAGCUAAUAUUGAUUAUUCUUCGUUAGUAUCUUAUACUAUAUCACCAUCAUUGAAACGUAAAAGAAGAAAAAGAAAAGUUGAGACUACUCCACAACAAGAACCAUUAGAAUCAUAUCCAUGUAAAGUUUGUAAUAAAGUUUUUCAAAAACCAUACAAUUUAAAAUCUCAUAUGAAAACUCAUUCAACUGAAAAACCUUUUCAAUGUUGUCAUUGUUCAAAAACAUUUGCAAGAUCUCAUGAUAAAAAAAGACAUGAAUUACUACAUCAAGGGGUUAAAAAUUUUAAAUGUGAAGGUUAUUUACAAGAUGGAAUUACUAAAUGGGGUUGUGGUAAAAAAUUCGCAAGAAGUGAUGCUUUAUCACGACACUUUAGAACUGAAACAGGUUGGUUAUGUAUUCGACCAUUAAUGGAUGAAGCUAAAAGAUUAGAACAAGAAACAGGUAUAAGUAAUAUUCAAUUCAAUGUUGGAGUUUUACCAACCCAAUAUGAUGAAAAAAAUGAUGAUACUUAUGAUAAUUCAAACUUUAUUAGAAAAUUAAUACAAGGUAAAUAA